AUGGCAGAGAAAUCUCCAGAAAUCACAUGGCAUCCCAUACCCCAUUCGGACGCAACAUGCAAAGUCCACCUCAUCCAAGCCGGCGGCAUCUACAUCCCCUACGACCUAGUCCUGCUUCCGGACUCGGACAAGCCCAGUGACCCCUCAAGAUCCGAAGCAUCAAUAGAAGAGCGAAAAACAUACUACGCCCCGGACUAUGUGUUCCUAAUUGAGCAUAUGGCAUCGGGAACAAAGUACAUGUUCGACCUCGGCAUACGGCCAGACCUCGAAAACCUACCCCCAUUCAUCAAGGAAAACGUACUUCCCGUCUUCAAAUGCGAGCCCAAGUCUCCUGAACAUAUACUCAGAGAACAUGGCUCACCUGAGCAGCAACCCGAGAAGGUCAAAGCUGUCAUCUUCUCACAUAUGCAUUUCGAUCAUAUGGGUGACGGUGCAAAGGGCGGGUUCGAAGGUGCAGAGUUGUGGGUUGGACCUACAUGUUGUACGUAUGCCCGUCCAGGUUAUCCGGUCGAGGAGAGGGCGCCGACACUAAGUGACUCGCUGCCUGUGGAUGGGAGUAGAAAGGUUGUGGAGUGCUAUAUACCUGAUGACUUACUCCGAGAUACUGGAGACAAGAGAGCAGGUCAGGUUAUGGAAGGGUUGAAGGAAGGGAAAUAUGCUGCUGUUGAUUUGAAGAAACCAGAGUGGAUCUGCAUUGGUGCUUUUGAGCGAGCAUACGACGUAUUUGGCGAUGGAGCAGCAUACAUUGUCGAUGCGCCAGGCCAUUCACCAGGGCACCAGAUGAUGCUAGUGAGAACAACUUCUAGCUCUGGUAGCGAGGAAAGCUCGUUUGUACUCUUGGGCGGCGACUGCUUCCACCACGCCAACGUCCUCCAAGAUCCAAACCGCGCUGCUCGCCCACCUUACUCAAAAGGCUGUAUGCACGUGGACCCCGAGAAGGCAGUAAAUAUGAUGCUGCGCACAAGGGAGUUUGCGCGAAAAGACAACGUCUGGGUAAUAGGAGCCCACGACGCAACCAUCGGCCAAGGAAUCCACCCCGGAGUCAAAGAACUCACUGGCCUCACAGACAUCACCAACUGGCAAGCCUCAGGCUGGAAAACCCCACUCUAG